AUGUGUAUACCGAAUGAUUCUGAGCUGAGGCAGUCGAUUCUGCGAGAGGCGCAUGGUAGCCCUUAUGCCAUGCAUCUUGGUGGGAAUAAGUUUUACCGAGAUCUUCAUGAGAUGUAUUGGUGGCCUGGGUUGAAACGCGAAGUUACCAAUUAUGUGAUGUUUAUCAUAUCGGACAGAGAUUCUAGGUUCACAUCUCGGUUUUGGAAAAGGUUACUCGAAGCUUUGGGUACACGACUGAAUUUCAGUACUGUGUUUCAUCCAAAGACGGAUGGACAGUCUGAGAGAUUAUCAAUCCAGUAUUCGGAUGGCACCGUACAAAACUUUUAUGGUCGUAGGUGUCGUACCCCUACUUGUUGGACAGAGCUAAGUGAGCGGCGAAUUUUAGGGCCGGAGUUAGUUGCUGAUACAGAAAGCAAGAUACUUAAGCGAGUAGGACCGAUUGCUUAUCAGCUUGAGUUACCCCCGGAGCUGGAGAAUAUUCACGACGUGUUCCACGUUUCCAUGCUUAGGCCAUAUCGUUCUGAUCCCUCGCACGUCGUACUUGACGAGGAAAUUUUAGUUAGGCCUGACCUAACCAUCAAGGAAGAACCAGUGCAAAUAUUGGAGCGGGAUGUUAAAGUAUUGAUGAAGAAGUCUGUUCCUCUGGUCAAAGUACUGUGGCACAAUCACGGCACGGAAGAGGCCACUUGGAAACCAAAAGAAAGGCCUUGUGGCUUAGUGGUUAGUAGCGUGUUGUGCAUUCGUAUGGGCAUGGGUUCGAAUCCCAGGAAACCAAGGGGGGCUUUAUUUUAUGUUUUGGUGGCACAAGAGGUGGAGUUUGAUUCAAACUCUACAGAAGUGGUUGGAGGCUUGGUAAAAGGGAUUUGGUUUGAAUUUGAAUGGGAGGUUGGUGAGAUUGUAGAGGGAUAG